AUGGCUAGACAGGACAGGAUGAGAAAUGCAAGUCAGCCUGCCUUGCAGGUCAUUGUGCUGGGAGCUAGUGGUGGACCACGGGAGGAUAAUGUCACCGCUUUCCUCGUACGGUCUGUUAGAACUAACUGGAGUCGUGGGUCGUUAGUUGCUCUCGAUGGCGGCGUUCACCUCUCGGCCAUCACUCAAAUUCUCGAGGAGACGCAGCCACCGGGCCUUGGCUCUGAUAUUACAUUACCACAUGUCUUAAGGACAGGACCCUUUGCGGGCAUGGAAAUCCACUCUACCUCUGCGUCGGCUAACGCACUUGACGUAUCAAAAAACCUUGUUGACUCGUACCUAAUUACUCACCCUCAUCUGGACCAUAUCAGCGGAUUCGUUCUCAACACCGCCGCUCCUCCAGGAACAAAACCAAAACGCAUCGCCGGUCUGCCCUCCACCAUCUCUGCGUUCAAGACACAUAUUUUCAACAAUAUUAUCUGGCCCAAUUUAUCCGAUGAGAAUAAUGGCGCCGGCCUCGUAACUUACAUGCGUCUAGUCGAGGGAGGUAGCCCGGCUCUUGGCGAAGGGGCUGAUAGAGGCUACCUAGAAGUUAGUGAUGGUCUCACAGUUAAAGUCUUCAGCGUCAGCCACGGACAUUGUAUGGAGAAACAUGACCAUAGGGGUUCGAUUUCUUCACGCUAUGGGAGUACAGAUGGGUCUCUAGUAUCGCCGAGGGGUGUUGGUGGUGCCAAUGGCGCCUCGGGAUCGUCAGUUAUCUUCAGGAACGUUGUUAGAACUCAAUCCAUAAGCGAAACCGAACGGGAAACAGAAUGCGUCUACGAUUCGAGCGCAUACUUCAUCCGGGAUGCACUCAGCGGUCGCGAAGUCUUGAUGUUCGGCGACGUGGAGCCCGAUAGCCUCUCGUUGUCUCCAAGGAAUAUCGGAGUCUGGCUUGAAGCGGCUCCGAAGAUCGCAACCGGACACCUCGCAGCGAUAUUUAUCGAAUGCUCGUACGACGACAGCCGGACGGAUGACAGACUCUACGGCCAUCUAACCCCGCGUUACAUUAUCCAAGAGAUGCAGACACUUGCAGCAGAAGUCGAGAGAAUUCGCCAGGUCCCAGCUAGGCUCGAGCCGACUAAGAAACGCAAGAGGGAGCUGGAAGAAUCUGGCAGGAGAGCUAACAGAGCCAUUGCAAGGGCUACUCACGGGCCCGUGCCGGUAGACGACGGGCCUGUGUCGCCGAAAUCUAUUCGGCCGCAAAAAAGCACGAGAACCGAGUCUAGUGAAAACAGCAUUUCUUCGCAUCUCAUGGUUCCAACUGCCGAGAUGAAUUUGAAGGAUGCUAGUAUACUACGGGCUCCGAAGAUGCCCAAUGCUCUCCGAGGGCUAUCGGUAGUUAUCAUCCAUACUAAGGAAAACUUCGACGGCAAAGAACCGGCAGGAGACAAGAUAUUGAAAGAGAUACUCGCACAUGAGGAGAAGGCUAGACUAGGUUGCGAAUAUAUCCUCUCGCGAAGGGGGCAGAGCCUCACCUUUUAA